AUGGAGGUCACCUUCAGCUUUUCCCCAGGUAAUCAGGGAGACUCCACAAUAAUCACCCCUACGCCCUCGUCUGCUACAAUGGUGCCACUGUUAUGUCCAAUCUGCAAUCCCCACAGCCGUGAGUCGGAUGGAGACUUCCCGUUAAACGGAAAGGACCUUGAUUCCGUCACAGACGAAACUCUGUCAACCCUUCUUGAGUCUGCCCCUGUGCUCCAUGACCUUGGCGACACAAAGUUGUACGACUCUCGCAGCAUUUGGUGA